AUGUCGAGCGCCAACAAGGUACGCUGUACCUACGCAUCAUGCGGGUUAUACUUCGACUCGAGUAAUGAUAUGCAGAGCCACAAGACUAUUGCAGACAAGCAUCACUACUGCUUAAAGCAUGAUUUGGACUUCCCUAAUGCAGCGCUGCUUCAUUUACACAAGAUCAUGAGCGAAGAGCACUUCGCCUGCGUGGAAUGUGAUCUCGAGCUACGCAGCGAGGCUGGUCUCAAGCACCAUGCAAAGAUUACCCACCAGGGAGACAAAGAAGUUGCUUGCCUCGGCUGCGGCCGCAGGUACAAGUCUGCUGCUGCUGUGAUGAAGCACAUCGAAGACAAUGAAUGCCCUUUCCUCAGUCUGCCAGAGAGGGGGCCCUGCGAGAGCAACUUUGACAUUUUUGGUGGAGAAAGCAUCAUGGAAAUGGGCAGGUCGUCUCCUGGACUAUCUCCAACCGACGUACCGAGCGAUGACGAUGAUCCUGAAGGCGGCGUCCUCUUGGAUAUUACCACGGAGCCAUGUGCACCUGUGCCUUCUCCCGGUGCUGCGCUUUCUAGCCAGCAAUGGCCGAACAUGCGGUCGAUGGGUUCUACCCGUGAGAAAUCAGAUAGCACCUCAACUGAAUCGACUGGUGGCAUCUCCCUCAUUCCCACUGGCUCUCUUCUCGAUCAGGAUAUUCCGAUUUCAACGCCCAUUAUAUCAGUUGCGCAAGACAUCGAGGAGGAUCUGCGCGCGAUCACUUCAAGUGGUGAUCAGGAGCUCUCCUUCCUUGCUGGACUGGGGAGUCCCCGGCCUAAUGCACAUGGAAAUCGGGCAGUGGUCAAUCCCGAAGAUUUCUGGAAUGCAUCGAGGGGACGCUACAUCUGCAACUGUAACGCCUCCUUUUUGCAUGUUUCCACCUUCAUCCAUCAUAUCGCGGAGGAAGACGACUCUAUUCUUGAUUGUCCCCGAUGCGGCAAACGAUUCCCCACUCACGCCGCUCAGGUCGCCCACGUGGAGGCUCCAUAUUCAAAGUGUGCCGUCCGCUCCACUCCCGCCGAGAUAGAGAAAGACCUUAGUGAAAUCACCCGCGGUUUUGCCGAGAUCAAGAGCCAUGAUCAGCAGGAGUACGAGGAUGCCGAUGAUGUUAUGGAAAGCAGCCAGCCUUCCAACGAUACUUACGGGUCCACCGACGACGCCACGGAACACGCUUUGGAUACCGUCGAGGGUGAUGUACAUGAGGACGAUGUCGUCGAGGAGGAGUUCUUCCAACAUGCGCUUGAGUACGUCGUUGAGGACACUACUGAUACCUCCGUCGAUGACAUGCUUGCGCAAGGUUUGAGGGGAUUGGUAUUUUCUACCAAGGAGGACGGCGUUAAGAAAGAGGGAAAUUGA